CAGACGAGCACCGCAACCGCAACACCUUCUUUAACGCGUUUACCUUGGUAUCAUUGGGACUUUGUUUCUUUCUCGGCAAUUUCUUAUUUGCAGAGCCACAUUUUUCUUCCUCUUCCUCUUCACAUUACCAGAUCCGUCACGAACUCCGUUCAACGUUACCCAGAUCCACUGUUUAACUCUAUAUCUCAACGGACUUGAUUCGUUUUUCGCAUUAAAUCUCAAUCCCCAGAUCACCGACAAUUCAGAAAUUUUAGAAAAAAAAUUUUCUUUUGGAGAUGAAGAGCUCGAGCAAACUUUUCACGUUGGGGUUGGUGGCGUCAUGGUACGCUUCGAAUAUAGGAGUUCUGCUACUGAAUAAGUACUUGUUAAGUAAUUACGGGUUCAAGUACCCGAUCUUUUUGACCAUGUGUCACAUGACGGCUUGUUCUUUGUUAAGCUACAUCGCCAUUGCGUGGAUGAAGAUGGUUCCUAUGCAAACUAUCCGAUCUCGUCUUCAAUUUCUCAAAAUCGCGGCGCUGUCUUUCGUGUUCUGUAUCUCUGUUGUUUUUGGGAAUGUCUCGUUGAGGUUCCUGCCGGUUUCUUUUAACCAGGCUGUUGGUGCCACGACGCCGUUUUUCACCGCUGUUUUUGCCUACUUGAUGACGUUUAAGCGUGAAGCUUGGCUCACUUAUGUCACCCUCAUUCCUGUUGUUACUGGGGUUAUCAUAGCUAGUGGGGGUGAGCCAAGUUUCCAUUUAUUUGGCUUUAUAAUGUGCAUUGCAGCAACAGCUGCCAGGGCGCUUAAAUCAGUGCUACAAGGAAUUUUACUUUCUUCUGAAGGGGAAAAGCUGAAUUCUAUGAACCUCCUUCUAUACAUGGCUCCAAUAGCUGUUGUGUUUCUACUCCCGGCAACACUUAUAAUGGAAAAAAAUGUGGUUGGUAUUACGCUUGCUCUUGCUAGAGACAAUAUCAAGAUCAUCUGGUAUCUACUAUUCAAUUCAGCGCUAGCUUAUUUCGUGAAUCUGACCAACUUUUUGGUCACUAAACAUACCAGUGCUCUGACACUCCAGGUACUAGGAAAUGCAAAGGGGGCAGUAGCUGUGGUGGUAUCGAUUUUGAUAUUUAAAAAUCCAGUUUCUGUGACCGGAAUGCUUGGUUAUACACUAACAGUGUUUGGAGUGAUCCUCUAUAGUGAAUCAAAGAAAAGAAGUAAGACGACAUGAAGGAAAAGAAUAUGCGUAAUCUGUUAUGAAUAGUGCCAAAAGAGAGGCAACAGCUCUGGUGGGCAAAGUUUGAGGUGCGUGGUGGUGGUCUUAGAUUUUGCCCAUUCAAAUUCUAUUUUUUAGCUGGAAGCCUGAGACUAGGAUUCCAUCUUGUAUCAGCAACAAGCGCAGGAUUAGACAAAAGUAGAAAAAUCCAAUAAAAAGUGACUGAUUUAUCUCUAUUAUGCCCAGCUUGGUGUUUGUAGAGAAUAUUGUUUUACCUUCUUUAUUCUUUCAAGAAAGAUUUGUAGAAUUGGGUCACUAUACAACUAAGUCUGUUAUUAACAUUUGUUAUAUUGAUUAAUUAACGAAAGUUAGUCAUGAUUUCAAA